AUCCUCCUUAACUUUUCCUUUUCUAUGUUCAAAUGAAUCCACUCCCUGUAAAGGUUUUCUUUUCGGUCUAUUUAAUCCCAACCCAUUUCAUAUAACGUCAAACAUUAUUGGGUUUCAUUACAAGAACACAAAGACAUGAGUUUUACUAAAGAUCAAGAUCGGUUCUGUUCGACGCCUAAGCUUCCUAUGUUUACAUAUCCAAUGAACAGACCAUAUGAAACUCCGGGAUUAGCUACACCGCCCGUUAACAUAGCCGGUUCUGUUCCUUUUCUAUGGGAAGAAGCUCCCGGAAAGCCUCGUUCCUCCGUUAGAAAACUGCCGAGAAGGAACCAGACCGGAGAAAACAGAGGAGCUACGAGAUGCUUGGACCUUCCUCCUAGGCUUGUUUUGCCCGGAGAAGCUUGUAAAUCGUCCACGGCGAACGAGCCUUCUCCGACCACUGUUCUCGACGGUCCGAACGAUUUACGUCGCCGUUCACUGUCGCUUCCCAGAUCGGCGGCUGUGAUCAGGAAGUUGAGAGGUGUUCCCGCGCCGGGGGAAAAGAGACCGUUUGGGUCAAGUAGAUGGGGAAGUUUCGGGAAUUGCAAAGAGGUGUCUGAGGGUGUAUAUGACUUUUCACGUUUUAGAGACGGUGGCUGCGAUUGCCGGAAGGAUUGGGCUGGAGGAGGAUAUGACUUCGCCAGUGACGGCGGUACAAAAGUAAAACUUUUCAGAAGACUUCAAAGAAAAGGAAACCUUUUUAAUCUCUCUCAUGCAACAAAGUCAGAUUUUUGGGCAAGGGUUUACGAAGGGUUUAAGCAAGUGAUUCCAUGGAGGCGUAAGCAAGAGAAUCUACAAAGGACGAAUUCUUCCACUAUUUAAAUCGGAUCUCUAUUCAAUUUCUUCUAACUUUAUGUAUAGACUAUAGUUGAUAUACUAAUUAAUUAGUCUUCUCUUGUGUAUACUUUAUUUAUAUAUAAUAUGGCAAUGAAACAACUUGUAUUUA